AGCCCUUUUCAGGCUCGGGCGUCUUGCGCGCCCCGCUGCCGCGCGCGUGGCCGGCCGCCGAGCCCGCCUCCGAGGAACGAUGCCGCGCCGCAGCGGCCGCCCGCUCCGCCGCACCGCCAUCGCCGCGGCGGGGCUCGCGCUGGUGGCGCUCUGGGGGCGGCCGGGCUCGGUCGCCAGCGUGGACGCCAAGGACGUCCUGCGCUACCCCGUCGGGCUGCGCCACUCCCUGGCCGCGGACAACGGGCGGUUCUCGGUGCACGGCAUCUCGCAGGGGGAGGGCCAGUGGGCCCUGGCCCUCUCGGAGGGGGGCUCGCCCGUGGCCGCAGUGCAGAGGCUGGGCGGCGGCCCCGCCAAGUACGCCGUGUCCUACGACACGGACAAGGUCAGCCUCAAGCCCAGGCUCGCCGCGGCCGUGCAGGGGAUCCGCUUCUCGGCCACGGGCACGGAGGAGGGCGGCCUGGACAGCGCCGACUGGGCGCUGCAGGUGCGCGGGCAGAACGGCAACCACCUCUCCGCGACCACGGACGGCGGCGAGGUGGUCUACGAGGGCUCGUACACCCACGAGGAGCCCGUCGCCAAGGGCCUGAGCGCGAUGUACGCGGUGGACAUGAAGAGGCGCGCGGGCGACGCCAACGCGGCCCCGAGCUGGAUCCGCCACGGCGUGGGCCUGCGGUACGCCUCGGAGCUCGGGGACUUCAAGGCCAACGUGCACCAGCCCAGCCCCGACGGCCCCAACGACGACCUGGAGUUCGAGGCCAUCUACAGCGGGGACCUCGCGGGGCCCCCGGGCUCCCCGGCCUACGCCCUGGUCGCCAAGCGCGCGAUGGGGGAGAGCGUCGCGUACGAGGGCCGCGUGAGGCUGCAGGGGCCAGAGGGGGUCUCGGGCGGGCUCUCCGUGGGGCUCAGGGACGGGAAGAGCAACGUCACCGGCUUCGCGGACCUCUCCGCCAGCAGGCAGGUGGCCGACGGCCUGACGCUGAGCUCCUCCACGCGCCUGGUGGCGUCGCCGGACGGGGCCGAGCUGCGGCCCAUCGACUUCAGGGCCACCGCCGACCUCGCCGCCCUGGCGCCGGGCUUCAUGGGCGCGGGCUCCGAGCUCUCCGCCGCCGCCCGCUACAAGCUCGGAGACGCGAAGCCGCAGCUCAGCGCCGGCGCCACGCUGAAGCCCAAGCCCCUGGGGCCCCUGCAGCUCAGCGCGUCGGGCCGGGUCACGGAGGACGCGCUGACGGGCUCGAUCGCGGCCGCGGCGCGGGUGAUGGACGUGGACGCCUCGUACACUGCCAGCAAGAGCAGCAAGGGCUCGCGCCACGUGGGACAGGCCGUCUUCCCCGCCGAGGCGGCGACGCACAAGAGCGGGCAGCCGCUGCCGCGGGCGUACGCGCGCGUCACGCAGAGCCCCGAGGACCACGACGGCAAGCCGCGCGUGCAGGUCGGCAUGAUGUACGACUUCAACGCGGGGGGCACGAAGCUCACCGGCCAGAGCAACCUCUACGACAACGGCGACAAGCUCGUGGACGAGUCGGGCAGGCCGUGGCCGGGCGCCGUGUACAACCAGGCGAAGAACACCGCGGACGUGCUGCGCAGGCGCAUUGGCGGGGACUCCGCCGAGGGAACGCGGUGGCUCCGGAAGAGCUUCUGAGGAGAGCGGGGCCCGCGGGCCGCGGGGCGCCCAGGGGCCCGCCACCCAGGGUCGCGCGCCUCGGGCGUCUGGCGGGCUGCCCUCUGGGCAGAGGAGCUCCCAGACGGAGCUGCGGCGAUGCGAGCCCCGACGCGGCCUCUUGGGGGGCGGCCGGGCCGACCUGCGGUGCGGGUGUUCCACCACCACACCAUAGGUACACUGAUUCUCAAACUCCCCCUUUGCAAAAUCCUCCCCUUUCGCCCGGCCCGAAUUUGGGCCACCCCUCCCCCUUACCACCCGCCCGAGGCUCCGCGGCGCGCGCAGCGUGUUUUAAGCAUCGAGGGCGCGCCUGCGGCGAGUCGCCGCCGCCCCUUGCCGAGGGCAGUGGAGGAUCGUCGCGGAGGGGGCUCGUCGCCGAAGGGGCCGGCUCGGCCGCGUCCCAGGGCUCGA